GGGGAGGGGCGCGGACGCGGGCGGAGCAGCGGCGGCAAGAUGGCGUUCACGCAGGCGGGUGGCGGCAAGAAGAAGGUCUGCUACUACUAUGACGGUGAUGUUGGAAAUUACUACUAUGGGCAGGGUCACCCAAUGAAGCCACAUAGAAUCCGAAUGACCCACAACCUGCUGCUAAAUUAUGGCUUGUACAGAAAAAUGGAAAUCUAUCGCCCACACAAAGCUUCAGCUGAAGAAAUGACAAAGUACCACAGUGAUGACUACAUAAAGUUCCUGCGAUCCAUCCGUCCAGACAACAUGUCUGAGUACAGCAAGCAGAUGCAGAGAUUCAAUGUGGGAGAGGACUGCCCGGUGUUUGAUGGCCUCUUUGAGUUCUGUCAGCUGUCCACUGGAGGUUCAGUCGCUGGAGCUGUCAAACUGAACAAGCAACAAACAGACAUUGCUGUUAAUUGGGCCGGUGGACUUCACCACGCAAAGAAAUCGGAGGCGUCCGGCUUCUGUUAUGUGAACGACAUUGUCCUAGCCAUUCUUGAAUUACUGAAGUAUCAUCAGCGAGUACUGUACAUCGACAUUGAUAUUCACCAUGGCGAUGGCGUUGAAGAGGCUUUUUAUACAACUGACAGAGUGAUGACAGUCUCGUUCCAUAAAUAUGGUGAAUAUUUCCCUGGUACAGGAGAUCUCAGGGAUAUUGGUGCUGGCAAAGGCAAGUACUAUGCUGUGAAUUUCCCAUUGAGAGAUGGAAUCGAUGAUGAAUCUUAUGAAGCCAUAUUCAGGCCUGUUAUAUGCAAGGUGAUGGAGAUGUACCAACCCAGUGCCAUUGCCUUGCAGUGUGGGUCCGACUCUUUGUCUGGGGAUAGACUGGGUUGUUUUAACCUUACUAUUAAAGGACAUGCCAAGUGUGUUGAAUUUGUCAAGACAUUUAACUUGCCUUUGUUGAUGCUGGGAGGAGGCGGAUAUACGAUUCGCAAUGUCGCCCGCUGCUGGACAUACGAGACCUCCGUUGCUUUGGAUUCUGAGAUUCCAAAUGAACUGCCAUACAACGAUUAUUUUGAAUACUUUGGACCUGACUUCAAGCUGCACAUCAGCCCAUCCAACAUGACCAACCAGAACACCAGUGAAUAUCUAGAGAAGAUCAAGCAGCGUUUGUUUGAGAACCUGCGGAUGCUGCCACAUGCGCCGGGCGUUCAGAUGCAGUCGAUCCCCGAGGAUGCCGUGCCAGAUGACAGUGGAGACGAAGAGGAGGAAGAAUCUGACAAACGCAUUUCUAUCCGUGCUUCAGACAAGAGGAUAGCUUGUGAUGAAGAAUUCUCCGACUCUGAAGACGAAGGGGAAGGAGGCCGCCGCAAUGCUACAAAUUACAAGAAACUAAAGCGGGCCAAAGUGGAAGAGGAGAAGGAAGGAGAAGAGAAGAAAUCAGAUGGUAAGGAGGAAGAGAAAGCCAAAGAUGGUGUUACAGAGAAGUUGGAAACUAAAGGAAUUAAGGUGGAAGAGACCAAAACCAGCAAUGCAUAACUCAAGAAGGACAGGUAUUGGCUCCACUUCAUGCAGCAUGCUUACUGUAGAGUAGCAAUGUUAGAUGACCCAACAAAUGCUUAUUUUUUUACACGGUACGAUGGACCAUGUAAUUUAUUUGUAAACACAGUUUUGACCUUGGAAGUUGUUUAAUCUGUGAUCUAAAGAAAGUUAAAUUGUUAAGUGAAGUUGACAAAGGAGUUGUUAACCCUUUCCUAUAUGUAUUUUCCAGUGUGUUGCCUCCUUUGCCUGGUUGGUAUUUGUUGCGCACACACCACUGUUAUGUCAGUGGUGAGAACGGACUUGCAUUUUUACUGCCCAUAAUGUACCAUUUGUAUUCUGUGAAAGUACUGAGAAUCAUGUCCCCUCCCGUUAGAAGUAGUAAUCAGAUGGAAGAUGAAUAUUCUAUUAAUUUUUUUAUAUAUUAUAAACUGGGUAAGAUCAGUUGACUUGUAUACUUAGGCUCCUUAAAGACAAGUUUUCCAUUAAAAAAAAAAAACUUUAUAGUAUCUUAUCGCCCUACUGAAACAUGGGUCAGAUGCGUGUGUUUUUUAUCUUGCUGCUUGUGAAUUAAGUUUAUUUCAUUACCUUUUUUGACCAAAACUUAAUUAAAAUAUUCACUCAAACUGUGA